UGGAAACCAACUGCCGUGCACAGCGGGGCCGACCAGUCAAAGUAAAACGAGCGUUGCGUAUAUCACAGUAUAUGUUUUGCAAAUUUGCCUAUGCGCUUCUUACAACACUGUUCAUCGCGUUAGUAGGAGCGCAGCCUGAGCGUCGGCUAUUUCAGCAUUGUACGGUUUACACUUUGUUAAUUAGAACACAUGACACCUAUCACAGCUUGGGCUUUGUUUCAUAGUUAGGCAUGGGCCGCCCUCGCUUCAGCUCAUUUCUUUGCCAGCGGUUCAAGUAGGUUGAAGGACAGACGGUCGCGACGGCACGAUGAGCUCGAUUGACGACAUUAUUGGGAUCCAAAAUAUAGUGUCAGACAACAGUAUCCUUACAGGGCUAUGGAUCUCAACUGUCAUUGGUGGAGCUGUACUUGUCCUGUUUUGCGUCCUCCAACGGACCAGCGACCUGUACCGAUACCGACUGGUGGAUUCCCGUGUCAGGCACAGACCUCCGGAGCUGGCGAGGACUGGAUUGGCGUCCCUAUUUGACUGGGCCCUAAAGGCCCUGACCGUCCCAGACUGGGAACUCAUUGAGACAGCCGGUCUGGAUGCUCUGAUAAUGGUCAAGAUGUGCGCUCUGGGAGUGCAGCUCUUCGUACUGCCGUGCGUUCUGGGUCUCUGCGUCCUGGUCCCGCUGCACUGGACGGGCGGCAUCACAAGCGCCGUCGGCAGCAGCUUCAAGCGCCUGACCAUAUCCAACGUCCAGGGAGGUUCGCUCCGACUCUGGGUUCACUUCGUCUUCGUGUACAUCUACCUUGGGUGGGCCAUGUUCCUCCUGCGCUGGCACUACCAGCAGUAUCUCCAAGUCCGCCACACCUACCUGAAAAAAGCUUACCGCUCGGACGUGUGGAGGAAGCUGUACUUGGAGGAGUCCCCGCAGGAGGAUCGGGGCGCCCGGGAAGUGGGCGCGAACCCAGUCAGGGACUUCUUGCGCAUCGUGCCACUGCUGAAGGCGCUGAUGCCUGACGCUGUGCCUGACACCGCACAGAAUGGUGGGCAGCCGAUGCCGGACGGCGACAAUAAAGACGAUGCGGAGGAGGCAGCUGACGCGAUUGAGCUCCAGCGGCGGAUUGAUUUAGCCGUCGGUGCCAGGCCAGGCACCCCGAAGGGGUUGCCGGGGGUCACGGCUCCACAUCUGCUGCGUGCGAGGUCCCAGCGACUCACAGCGGCCGUCAAUAAGGGCGUCUUCCAUGGGGGCGGCGUGCCACAAGCAUACACGGCGGGGUUAGUAACGGCCAGCCACAAUCGACCCCUGGAGAAGAGGUCGUUUGUACCAGAACCGAGGCUCAAGCGGCAGUUCCAGAGCAUGGGUCCUCGCCACGCAGCUGCACUUGACUUCCCCCCACCACACGGCAAGCAGGAGACCAAGGGGCCGGAGGAGGACAGUGCUGCUAGGCGCGAGGGCCUGCGCAUGAACCCCUCGAUUGGGCUGUCCACGGUCAUGUCUAGCGAGGGACAGGGUGUGGACGCCAAAGAAUUGACGUCAGCAGAUGCUGCUGAACCGCUGGCCGGGCUGCCCCUGUCUCCAGGCCGCACUCCACGCCACGGCGCCAAGACUGGAGGGCCUAUCGCAGAAGCGACGAACGAGGGCCCAGAUGCAGAUAGCCGCACCCCCGAUCCCGCUGCUGCUGCUGCUGUUGCAGGUGCUGUUGCAACUCCUAUAGCUGCAAGGCGACUUCUGGCUGAGCAGCUAGCCAGCAGCCCCGAUGACCCCACGGCGCAGCCCUACCAGUUGCCGUUGCCGCCCCUUCCACCCCUUCCGCCCCUGCCCCCGCCGCCACCGCGCGGCAGCUGCCUUACCCAUGACGUGUCCCGCCAGCCAUCUUUAUGCGAAUCGGAGGUGCAGUUGCAGGAGCCUCUUGCUCGCAUCUCUAGUGCAGGUCCGGCUGACGUGCAUGCGAGCGCAGCUGCCAACCAGGGCGACGGUCAGCAGGACCCUGACUUGGAGGCUGGCAAGCGGUCCCCCGGGCUGCAUGGGGGCGCAGCAGCGUACCGCAGUCUUACGGUGGUUCCGCCCCCGGUAAGCGUCUCCAUGAGCCGCAGCGAUUCUCUUGACGCUGAAGCGCGCAAGCUGCAAUGGUGGCGGGAUCCCGUCAAGGAGAAGCGGCAGCGCGACAAGGAGGAUAAGCAGCCUAGCGCGGAGUCAAGUCCUGCGAAGGGCAGUCGCAUGGAGGGAUCAGCCGGCGGAAGCCAGGGUGGGGUUAUGGAGGAGGGACAGGAGGAGGAGGGAGAGGAGGAGGAUGCGGGGAGGCUGGUGUGCAGUUCGCGGCUGAGUGUGAGCGAGCGCAAGUGUGUCAUUGCGUACAAACAGGAGAUGCCGGUGGCAGUGCUGGCGCAGCACUACGUGGUGCUGGUAACGGAUGUGGUGGAGCAUGGGGCCUCAAAAACGGAUGCCGCCAAGGUGGGGGCGGUAUGGACGGCUGCAGUGGGCCAGCUCAAAAAGGUGGCAGGCCUCAUGCCGCACCAGCUGCGCAGCUGGUGCAGCCUGGGUUACGGAAAUAAAGGCAAGCCGUCGUCAACGAGAGCUUCCUCUGAAGCAUCGAUGGCCGGCGGUGACUACCCGCCCAUGGCCCGCGGGUCGCAACCGCCUUCCCGCAACUCCUACUCGAUCUACGCCCAGUCUAUUGGCAGGGCCCAGUCCCUAGGAGGCUUGUCCCAUGCCCAGUCUAUAGUCAGGGAUGGGUCAAUGGACACGUCCAAAAUGGCACAUGGAGGACCCCGCACCGGCCAUCGACGCGUGAACAGCGGCGGUGUCGGCACUGGCGUUGGCGCGUUUGGGGCGGACCCCGGUUCUCGGGCGCAAGACUUGCCUAGGUUUCCCUCAUCCGCCGACCGGUUUCCUGACGGCGAGGGUAGCGCCCACGGCAGCAGCGCAUGCGGCUACGGAUCUGAUGGCUGCGGUGGCGGCGGCAGCCAGCACGGUCGCGGCGCGCCGCGCAUGUGGGCCAGCGCAACCCCAUUCAUGACGCCUGCAGGGCCCGCCAAUCAGGCUGGUACGGGUCCGCAAGCCGUUGCGCUGCCAGCUAUUGAGGAGCGCUCAUCACUGCAGUGCAAAGUCCCCUCGGUCAAGCACAGUGUCCUCAGCAACGACGACUGCAGCUCCCACCGAAGCGGGAGGCAUAGCGUGGGCCCUACACUGCCGCCCUCAGCAUCCACUCCGUGCCUCAUGGCGGUUCCAGCUGCCGCCGCCGCCGCAGCAGCUCGACCCAGUUACCACCACUCUCCCUCAGGCAGCCCAGCUUUCUCCUCCCGCCGCCACCAUUCUGGCAGCGUGGGCGGCGGCGGCAGCGGCGGUGGCGAUAGGCUGCUUAUGGGUGCUGUUAAGCAGAUCGUCGAGUUUGCGGGGCUUGCCAAACAAGCGAACAUGUUCCCGACUGAGGUCCGUCAAAGCACUGAAACAGCGGCCCCCGCUCAGUAUGGGCGAUCAGCCAGCGCCGCGCCAGGUGCGGUAGCCGCCCGCGGGAUUGCGCCUCCAAUGACGGCCCCCUUGCCGGCACACCAGCAUCAGGCGCAUCGUAAGAGGGGCGUGGGGCGCUUGGAUAGCAACGCCGGCAACAACGCCAGUCCUUUCGUGACGGCCGGCAGCCGCGAGGGAGAGGUGCCACGUCCCAGCACCAGCCGGCUCGGCCCGGCUACCAGCGACCCAGCCACACCUCCUGCAGCUCCCACAAGCGGCGCCAGUGUUUCCAGCAAGCCCGGUCCUGUUUGCGAGCACCGCAGCACCAGCGGCACUAGCCCCGACAGCGACCCGGCACGGGACUCGCAUGGCACCCAAAACAGCACAGGGGCCUCCUCACUCCGCCGCCGCCGCGCCGCCAAUGGGACCAGCAACGAUGACAACGCCGGCCCGGCACCGCCUUCCGGGAUCCCCGCAACCGGCAACCUUGCCCAAGGCCUUGAAGCGGACGGAGGCAGCGAAGCCGGCGGCGGUAAAUACGGCGCUGCGGGACCUGCUGCCACCAGCAAGUGGGAGAUUGUGCGCCGGGCGGUAUUUGAUGGCCGCAUUCGGGAGUUGCCGAACAGGCCGGAAUACUCCAUUGUGUCGGCUACCUUCUCGCGGCUCUUCCCCGGCGAGUUCGACCGUGCGGUGCCGGUGAUCAAUCACAAGGAGGUGGACCUGCUGCUCAUGCGGGUGGACCGGCACCUGGCGCAGUACGAAUAUGCCAAAAAGUAUGAGGAGAAGACGGGCAAGGAGCUGCUUGGUCGCACCGGUUUCUGCGGGCUGCUCGGUCAGCGGCGGCGGCUGCGGGAGUACCACCGGCAGCGGGCACAUGAGCUGAUGGAGGAGGUGCGGGCAGCCCGCCGGCGCGCCUUUGACGAGGCGCACACGCGCUCCUGGUUCGUGUUCUUCCGCACGCAACGCGCCGCCGCGGUGGCGUCGCAGUGCGUCAUCCAUGCGGAGGAUAACCGGCAGUUCAAGGUGCACCCCGCGCCGGGUCCCGAGGAGGUCAACUGGCCCGCGCUGUGGUCCGACUUCCGCGGCCGCGACCUGCGCCACAACCUGGUGCGGCCGCUGGUGGCGCUGGUGGUGGCCUUCCCCAUCGGCAUCUUCACGGGCGGCCUCAUGCAGCUGGACUACCUGCUGUGCCCCAACCACAAGUGCCUGGGCCUGGACCCCGCGUCCGCGGAGUGGAUUAGCAACGACUGCACGCAGAGCCUGGUGGACAAGGAAAGCGAGCAGCUGUAUUGGAAGUGGUACUGCAACCAGGACGACGCGGUGGCCCGGGUGCUGCGGCGCCUGGUGGUGGGCUGGCUGCCCUCGCUGCUGAUCAACCUGUGGCAGGGCAUGGUGCUGCCUGUGCUGUUCACGCUGCUGGUCAUGGCCAGCCGGCAUGCCCGGUCGCUGUCCCAGGCUGACAGCGGCAUCGCCCGCUACAUGUUCUAUUUCGGCGCCUUCAACGUGUUCCUGGGGGGCGUGGUGGGAGGCACCAUCAUCCAAGGUAUCAACGCCGUCAUUACGAACGGCCCUAACGAGAUAUUCAAGCUGGUUGGCACGUAUGUACCGACCUCCUCCAACUACUUCAUCAACUAUACCAUGUUCAGGGCGCUGGUUGCGCUGCCUCUGCGCAUGCUGUGGCCCCACAUUGGUAUCCGCAUGUACCUCCUCCGCCGCUACCUGCGCUUCGCAUGCGUCAUUACAGAGCGGGAGAAGGCCUUCCUGGCAGCGCCAGUGUCGCCUCGCUACGGGUUCGACGUGGGCAUGAUUAUGCUCAUCUUCGUGAUCGCCUUUGCCUUCAGCGUGGUAUCGCCCAUCAUCCUGCCCUUCGCGCUGCUGUUCUUCGGAAUGGCCUGGCUCUUCUGGCGCUGGGCGCUGCUGUACGUGUACGUGCGCAAGUACGAGGGCGGCGGCACCAUGUGGCCCUUCAUCUUCAACCGCGUGCUGGUGUGCAUGGGCAUCUUUCCCUUCUUCACCGCGUGCGUCUUUGUCACCAUGCAAGCCUACGCACAGGCCAUCUUGCUGUUGUUUACGGUGCCUGUCAUCCUCGUCCGGUUCAGCAGCUACUGCUACUACAGGUACGAAGUUGGCACCAAGGCGCUGCCUCUGGAGACCGCCAUUCGUGGGCCCCUUGCCGACAUUGACCCACGGGUCUAUCAACCGCCGCCGCUGCUGGAGGAACUCGAGGGCUGGAACCCGGAUUGGUCCAAAUGCUGGCAGGGCUGGAAUAUGCCGGUGGUCUACUUCUGAGCGAUUUGCGGAAUCCAGUCCUAGUCUCCCGAGCGGCUUGGUCGGCUCUAGGCUCUAGGAACAGUAGCUCGGAGCUGCCGCCUCUGCAUGUGAUGGGAGGGACCCGUGCAAGUGUGCGGUUGUGCAUGCUGCAGGGGCAUGGGCAAGUGCAUUCCCUGCAGCUCGGUGUAUUUAAUUCGGGCAGGCUUGCGGUUCGUUACAAUUCUCAGCUGAGUGCCAUUCGUGGAAAUCUGCACUUGGUUUAGUGUUACGCCUGUUCGAGCUUUGGGGUCAGAGAGAAACCAGACAUUACCGAAUCCGUGUUAUUCAGCGCCCAGCUGGAUGGAUUGAGCUGUGAUACAGCUGUAUGGCAGCUGAUCGACAUUCCUAAUAAUGAACGUCACAAGGCUCAAGAGUGACAUGCUGUGGUAUCUUGACAUGGGAUUUGAAACGAACAGUGACCCUUGGAUCCAUUCUUGUGUGAUUUUGACCGGACGCUUGUUCGUUAGCAAUACAUCCUUUCCAAUUACGAAAGGCAAGAACGUGAUUGACGGCAGAGUGUUAGUGCAAGGGACGCGAGCAUCGCAAGCGCAGCAUGUUCGGCUGAUGCAAGUACCCGGUAAUCGAUUGGUUGCGUCGUGGGUGAGACGCUGCUGCGAAGAGGCAUUGACGAUCAUGACGUGUGGAUGCAUGCGGCCUGAGGGAGGCCGUGCAAAUUCCACAAGGUUUGCUGUGCGGGUCGAUGGUCUCGCGUGUAUAGUGUACUGUUCCAUACACGGCAGGAGUUUUGCCAUUAGCCCGAAUGAACAAUGGAGUGUCUCGAGUAAUGCAUUUUGGAACAUGACGCGUGAGAUAUAUGCUGUCGGGUAGGGCAUGCUGCUGUCACGGCGCACCACCCUAGCCACAUCCUCUCUUCGUGCGCAAACAUGUCGUUUCCCCGGAAGCUUGCAAAGACCCAAACAAAGCCUGCCUCCGGCCCCAUAUCUCCAUUCUGCCCUGUCGAGACAGCCAGUUCACAC